AAUCCGCGCAAAUGUUAAGGGUUUCGAGGGACAGGUAAGAUCCGAACACAGGGACUCACUCAGGAGCGUGCUCAGUUAGCCUGGUCCGAGACUCCGAAAAGAUGGAAACCACACCACAUGACCCGACUUCUAAACCCGACGAACCAGAGCUCGACCUCUACACCAUUCCAAGCCACUCUAGUUGGUUCUUGUGGGACGAAAUCCACGAAACCGAGAAACUCGCUCUAAGAGAAUUCUUCGACGGAAGCUCUUUUUCAAGGACGCCCAAAAUAUACAAGGAGUACAGAGAUUUUAUCAUCAAUAAGUACAGAGAAGAGCCUUCGAGGCGGCUUAGCUUCACUGACGUCCGAAAAUCGCUGGUGGGCGAUGUUAGCUUGCUCCACAAGGUUUUUAAGUUCUUGGACGAGCGGGGGUUGAUAAAUUUCGGUGCGCCUUCCGGUAGCAAUACUAGUUUGGUGGUGGUGGAGGAUGGGGAGGAUAGGUCUAGAAUUAAGAUUGAGAGUGUUGUCCCGAAUGCGGUUCGAGUUGGUGCCUCACCAAAUUCGCCAAAGCCUAUUUGCGUGCCACCAAACGUCGUGGAUAAUGCAGUUGAGAGUGGAUUCAAAUUUCUGCCAUUGGCAUCCUAUUCAGAUGUUUUUGGCGAUUUGGUGAAGCCGAAGGGGCUGAUUUGUGGAAAUUGUGGUGGAAUUUGCGACUCUGGUCACUAUAAAUAUACCAAGGGUGAAUUCAUAAUUUGCAUAAACUGUUUCAAAAGUCAAAAUUAUGGGGAGAACAGGUCUAUGGAUGAAUUCAAGCUCAAUGAGUGUGCAGAAAACAAGGGUAGUAAUGGAGCUAUCUGGACUGAGGCAGAAACCCUACUUCUUUUAGAAUCUGUAUUGAAGCAUGGGGAUGACUGGGAGCUCGUUGCUCAAAAUGUUCAAACCAAAAGCAAGGUUGAUUGUAUAUUGAAACUCAUUGAAUUGCCUUUUGGAGAGCUUGUGUUGGGUUCUGCCCACAAAUAUGGUAAUUAUGGUGGCCUCAAUGGCAGUAUGAAUGGAACAAAACAAGUCCAGUUAUCUUCAUUUGAACGUCAUGAAGCUAUCAGAUUAGAGGGUCAAUGUCAUGAACAGAUUAAUGAAAGGGAGGAAAAUGGAGACACUGUGGACCAAGGUCAUCCUUCAAAAAGACAGCGCAUUGCAUCCCUUUCAGAUGCCGGUAGUUCACUUAUGAAACAGGUUGCUCGGAUCUCAACCAUGGUUGGUUCUCAAAUCACAGCUGCUGCAGCUGAGGCUGCUGUUACAGCACUUUGUGACGAAAACUCAUUUCCAAGAGAGAUCUUUGAUGUUGAGGAGGAUCAUAUUUCUAAUGGAUUAUCUUCGCCCACUGCAAGUUACGAAGCAGAAAGAGUCCUUAAGAAUGAAGAAUCUAAGACGAAGGAAGGUUUGACUCAAUCAGAAACUGCAAAUACACCCCACAAGAGGGAUGAUAUACCUCUAGCUCUGCAAAUUAGAGCUUCCAUUGCAACAGCUCUUGGGGCAGCUGCUGCUCGUGCUAAAUUGUUAGCUGAGCAGGAGGACAGAGAGGUUGAAAAUUUAGUGGCGAUCAUAAUUGAAACACAGAUGAAAAAGUUGCACCACAAAAUCAAGCAUUUUGAAGAUCUGGAGCUGAUAAUGGAGAAGGAAUACGCUGAAAUGGAAGAACUUAAAGAUUGCCUUUUAGCAGAACGGAUUGGAGUCCUACAGAAGGCAAUCAAUGCCGGUAUCUCUAGAUGGAGGGAUCACUCUGUAAAAUCUUAAGAUUGGUAGCAUAUUUAACUGAAGAUUUUGUUGAUAUCAUUGAGAAGGCAAAGGAGAAGAAGAAGAAGACGAAGAGAUGAGAUCUGAGAUGCACGUUAUGAAACCCUUAUAAAAAAAAAGAUGCGCCUUAUGAAAUUUCAAUGUACGCUUUUGUGUUUAUUUCUAAGCAGAAAUCGAUGUUACCGCCAGUUGCACUUAAAUUUACAAUUAGGCUGAUGAACACCAUUUUCGUCCCAUUAGUUGGCUAGAAGCUCUUUAGAAAUGUUCACAGCACUAGGUUCAAUAAUAUUUCCUUGGCAGCAUUUAUCUUCUA